AUGUGCUCUCUCUGUCCCUGUGAGCCAGUGAAGAACAGGGGUGAUGUGCUCUCUCUGUCCCUGGGUGAUGUGCUCUCUCUGUCCCUGUUUGAUGCAGGUAAAGAUAACUACAUCGACCUGAUGGAGCUGAAGCUGAUGAUGGAGAAGCUGGAGGCUCCUCAGACUCAUCUGGGCCUGAAGAACAUGAUCAAAGAAGUGGACGAGGACCUGGACAACAGGCUGAGCUUCAGAGAGUUCCUGCUGAUCUUCAGGAAGGCAGCAGCUGGGGAGCUGGUCCAGGACAGUGGUCUGGAGGUCCUGACUCGUCUGUCUGAGAUCGAUGUGGGAGCAGAGGGCGUGAAAGGAGCCAAGACCUUCUUCGAAGCCAAAGUGCAGGCCAUAAACGAGGGGAACCGCUUCGAAGCAGAGAUCCGACAGGAGCAGGAGUCUAAGAAGCAACAGGCGGAGGAGCAGAAGCAGCGACGAGCCGCCUUCAAAGAGCUGCAGUCCGCCUUCAAUCCGCCUUCAAAGAGCUGUAGUCCGUCCUCAAGUAAGCUGCAGUCCGCCUUCAAAGAGCUGCAUUCCGUCUUCAAAGAGCUGCAGUCCGCCUUCAAGUAA